CAAAUCCACUUGCCGGUGAUUCAUUCAUCUUCAACCACCAGCAUGCUUUCUCCCUUCCUCUCCUUCAAGCAUUCCCCAUUUCUUUUCUUCUCAUCUUCGCAAUGGCCACUCCAAGGCUUCCGUUCCUUUAUCCGAAUUUGACCCGCGCUGUGCGGUCGUGCGAACCAACAACCUACCGUUCAAUUCGGCUUUCGGCUUCUCGUCAUCGUUGCCCACGGGGAGCUCCUUUGAAGGCGGAAUUUCAUACCAGUUGGUCGCAUAGGCAGGAGACAUACCACAGGCGCUAUGGGCCCGCAGCUGAGCCUACGCUGCCUCCACCGUCGAAGCCGAAAGAAGGCGGGGUUGGUCAGCAGCAACCCGGUGUUGCUGGGAAGUCGACGCGGGGAAAGCGAAAGGACGAAUAUACUGAAAGACAGCAGCCGUCAGUUUAUUCGAAAUCAUCUGUGAAUCCUGAAAACCCUCCUGCCACUUCUGAGAGACAAGUGUCGACAUCGGCAUCAGCCGGUCCAGAAUCGCAGAGCGAGAAUCUCAACCCUGAAAUGGAGGAUGAUGGCUUGGUGGACUUCACGCCAGUGGAGGGAGCAGCUCGUGACGAGGGGAAACAGACAUCGGAAGCUUCCAGUAGCGAUAAUCCGUUGGAAGAAGUGCUCCAUAUGCCUUCGCCUUCGUCAUCCUUGACACCGUCCGUGACAUCGUCCACUGAUCCUAGCAACAAACCGAUCCACUUAACGCCGGGUCGCUAUGUCCACCAUUUCGAUACCUAUUCUUUAGUACAAGAUCUCUCCAGAGGUGGAUUCACAAACGAGCAGUCCGUCACAAUCAUGAAAGCAAUCCGCCACAUCCUCCGCAAUAACCUUACAGUCGCCCGGGAAAGCCUUGUCUCGAAAUCCGACGUCGAGAACGAGUCGUAUCUGUUCAAAGCCGCCUGUUCCGAACUCCAGUCGUCGCUGCAGACAGCCCGGAAUGCAGAAAUUCAACGCCAGCGUUCCUCUCGAACCCAGCUACAGCACGAGGAAGACAUUAUUUCCCAACGGCUAAACCAAGAGCUCGCAGGCUUGAAGGACGAUAUCAAGGGCAUGUUUAACGACCACAAGAUGACCACGAGAGAGCUGCAGAGGAGCAUCAAUACUUCAAUACAAGAAUUGAAUUAUAAGAUCACUGUCUCUCUGAACAGUGAUGGGAAGAGCGCUAUCGAGGGCUUACGUUGGAUCCUGACAAGGCGGGCUGCUAUGGCUAUCGCAACAAGUGCCUUCAUGAUCAUCCUCUUCCUCAAAUAUUACUCCAUCCGCAGGUCACAGGUUGCAGCCCAGAAGGCGAAAGAAGAAGCACUCGCAAAGGAAUCUGCCGAAGCACGAGCAACGAAAACCGUUAAUGAAAUGUCGCUGUCUGAUUUGAGUGAGUCGUUGGGUUGAGCUUGGCCAUUCUUUUUCUCCUUUUUUUCAUGUAUAGAAGGGAAAGAUUUAUAUAUACUUAUACCCACUUUAAUUUCCUUUGUCAUUGUCAUCAUCCAGGCUCUGGCCUUGCUAUACAUACACACCCACUAUAUUCUCCAUAGAAACAUGGCAAUAGAUACAGCCUAUUGAGUCCGG